AUGAACCCGCAGCACGACAAUCUUUUCAAUCCGGCUCAGAAUACCAGGUCCUACUGGGGGCGCGCGUGGUGUUUCCAAGAACGGCUGUUCGCGCGGCGAAUCCUACAUUUUGGGGGAGAUUACGAAGAGUCAUAUUUCGAAUGUGGCGAAAUGGUAGACUGUGAAUGUCAGAGGGUCUUACUACAAGGAAAAAUCGGAGGC